GCAGCUUAACUGGUGAGAAACCAGAUCCUGAAGUUGCGUUGUGGUAAUGGAGUGGUGGGGAUGCGGUUCAAAACCCAAAUAAUCUGACACCGUAUUCAUUUAAACCGAUAACAACCGGACAGUGAGUACGCUUUAUAAGCCGUAGGAAGGUGGACCAGGUCAUUUUACCGACGACUUCAUACUUUUUGGAGGCCUCGGGGAAAACGCACAACGUUAAGCUAACGAUAAGUAGCCAUCAUGUCGUGGGAAGAAAUGCCUUGUUUUCUGGCCUCGGCUCUGAGCUCGCCUCAACCCCGCGCGUCCGUUCUCUGAUCCCGCUGGUCGACAACAACAAGCAGAGGUAACUUCGCACUCAAUUGCCCAAUGCAGCUAACAGCUAGCAUUAUAAAUUAGUCAGCACCGACGGUUUUCACUCUACGCUUGUUAGCUUGCGAGCCAUGGCGGACAGCUUCGGAGAGCAGUCCAGCGGCAGUGCCCAUGGCAUAGGCGGUACCGGACAGGGCAGCGGAGCUUCGCUGCUGCCGACUUUGGCCAACUCUCUACCGGUGGGACACACCAGCUCCAACCCGACCUCCCCUCCUCCUGCCGCGGCCGCGCAGAGUGGCCUAAGCGCUCUGGUGGCCCCCAUGUCCGCUGUCACCGCGACCACAGCCGGCUUUGGCAACACGUUCACCCCGGGCUCCUCGCCACCGGUCGUGGCCGUGUCUCCGUCCCUACACGCCUCCUCGCAUCUCCCCGGUGUCGGGCUGGGGCUUGGCGGGGUGGCAGGAGCGGACCUUCUGUCACACAUCCACGCCACAUCCUGGGACCCGACCCUGAGUACGGACUGGGACAACGAGAAGGCUUCCCAGCAGUGCAUUCUGAGGAUAAAGAGGGAUAUUAUGUCCAUCUACAAGGAACCUCCACCAGGGAUGUUUGUCGUCCCCGAUCCUCAAGACAUGACCAAGAUCCACGCCCUGAUUACGGGGCCGUUCGACACGCCGUACGAGGGCGGCUUCUUCCUCUUCCUGUUCCGCUGCCCCCCCGACUACCCCAUCCACCCGCCGCGGGUCAAGCUCAUCACCACCGGACACAACACCGUCCGCUUCAACCCCAACUUCUACCGCAACGGCAAAGUCUGCCUUAGCAUCCUGGGGACAUGGACAGGCCCAGCAUGGAGCCCAGCCCAGAGUAUUUCAUCUGUCCUCAUCUCCAUCCAGUCUCUGAUGACGGAGAACCCCUAUCACAAUGAACCUGGAUUUGAACAGGAGCGCCACCCAGGGGACAGUAAGAACUACAACGAGUGCAUCCGCCAUGAGACCAUGAGGGUGGCUGUGUGCGACAUGCUGGAGGGUAAAGUCCCCUGUCCUGAAGCUCUUUGGAGUGUGAUGGAAAAGUCCUUCCUAGAGUACUACGAUUUCUACGAGGGAGUCUGCAAGGAGAGACUGCAUCUACAGGGACAGAACAUGCAGGACCCAUUCGGCGAGAAGCGCGGCCGCUUCGACUACCAGGGCCUGCUGGCCCGCCUCAGCGCCACCCACAGGCGGGUACGCGAGAAGAGCCUGGCCGAGGACGAGCGCAACGAAGAGGAUUCAGACUCUGACACCAGCUCCACGGGGACCGACCCCGACAGCCAGGGCAGCUCCCAGCCAUGACUCCCCCACGGACAGUACCGGACUCAGAGCCGGGGCCAAGAAUUUAAGGACAAAGGGACCUUUUUUUCUUUACUUUAGUUUUGUGUGCAGUGGAGGAGCAAAAAUCACAGAGGAGAAGUUUAGCGGGUGGGAAUCAAGCUUCUGUUGUAUGGACGAGAGAGAGAGAAGAAUAUGUAGUCCUCUCUUGACUAUGAAAAUUAAAUCAUCUGCUAGUGAAAUGCUCGGUGAAUCUGGCCUGGAGCAGCGUAUUUGGGCUAUUUCUGUAGCUAACCAGCUGUAAUGUCCAUGUCCUGUUUGAUUCUUAAAAAUGCCUGAUAGAUGUUGAGAUUAACCGGCCAUCGUGCAUAUAAAAGGUUAGUUUCGUGGCUCAAGCCGAUUAUUGCAGUCAGUUUUCUUUUAUACUCCAUACUUGGUAAAGACUGUCUGAUGGGGUUAGGGGUGGAGCCAGGUUCGGGGCCAGAGGAAGGGACCAUAUACUGGGAAAGUAGCCCCGUCUUCUUUGAAUUCAAAGAAGGACCUUUUAACAAGCAGAAUGUAGUUGGACAAAGUGCAGAGGACUCCUUAAUCAGGCCACUUUUAAAAACAUCAGCAGCUUGCGAGUUCCCUGUGUAUUAUACAAAAAGUUCUGCUCAGCUUUCAGUUCUAAUUGUGCUGUUGAGUCGACAGUAAAUCAGUUUACCAGAUAUGAAGGCGUUGGAGAGAAAUGUCACCUCUCAUUGACAUCCACCUUUAUACCCUCUUUGUUAUGCUGUUUUCUCAUUGUUGUGCUGAAACUAAUGCUUCAUUUUUGCAGUGUGUAGGGUGCGUUGUUUAUUUGGAAAACCCUGCUGUUCUUUGGGUCGCUGGCUCUUGUGAUUCCGGACCAUCCCUGCACUUCAGCUGUGUCCACUCCGGGGCUCGGGGGAGAGCUCAUGGAGGCAAACAAAAGGAACUUCCCAUGUGGUCACACUGCAAGUCGCACUGUCCCAAUGAGGGUCCAUUCUAAGGAUUUGUACACGUAUACACAAAAGGCCAAUCAAGCCUUUUUAGUAUCGGUUUCUACAUCAUCUAAUUUAAUACUUUGAGAUUUUGUUCAAAAGAAACCUGAUACUCCAGUAAUUUGUAUACCUACAGAGAGCUGCAGGAAUGACUUAUUAAAACCCAGAAAUGAAUCAGCAUUUCUCCACUUCCUGUUCCCUCCUCUCAAAGUCUAAAUAAGGCCUGUGAGAUUUUUAUAAAAUACAUCAGUAACCCCCCCAACACCCUUUUCACGUUUCAUGUAUCAAAAAUCCUUGUUCCUUGUUCCUUGUUCAUUUUGUCCCCGAAAAAAAUGUGUAAGCAACAUAAACAUAUGUUUGCCUCUGAACUUAUUUUCUGCAUUUAUCCAGAUCCAAUGGAAAAAUCCAUAUUUUUUUUUGUCGAGCAAACAAGCACAAUAGCUAACUUCCCAUUCUACAAAUAUACUUUAAUCACUGUUUUGCAUUCUAUAUUAAUUUGUCAUUUCGCAGUGCGUGCUUUUUCAUUGCUAACAGUUUGCUAGCGGCCCAGCACAUGCCAGCGAGAGAACAGCUUUGUUUGCAGUGUGAUCACAGAGGGAGCAGAGUUCGUAGGGCUUCCUGAGCGGAGAGGAGAAAACACUCCAAAGAAAUGGGUUUUAUGAUAAAUUUCCAUCCAAGUACAUCUUGAUAGACUAGGCUCAUGCCUUAUGUGCGUUGAAUGUGUUAUUGGUUGUUGUAAUUAUUCCACCUGUUCACACUGGCUGUGAAAAGACCCAUUUCUAGCAUGACUCAGUGGAAAGAAUAAAUAUGUACUAAAUAGACGAAACCUACUCGGACUGCUGGAGCCUCAUAUAGGCUUUGCAAAUAUUUUUGCACUGAACAUAAAGAAGACGUGUGCUGACGGCCAGUACGAACAGGAGGAACUAUAUACCCAGUAACCAGCAGCAGUAACUCUUCUAAAGCACAUACAGGACAAAGCAUAUUAUUGAGAUAGAAUUGGGGGAAAAAAUCAAAACCGAUUCUUCAAAGGAAUGGUUCAACAUUUUGGAAAAAAUACGCUUAUUCACUUUCUUGCCAAGAGUUGGAUAAGAUUGAUACCACUCCUUCUGUCUGAAGGGUUAGCUUAGCAUAAAGACUGUAAACCGUGGGGGGAGGGGGUACCGAUGGCCUCUCUCCAUAACAACAACAAAGUGUUAACAUUACAUUUGACAGGGGAUUAUGCACCGGAAAAAUUGCCAAUAUACAACCCACUGAUGGAUAUCACACCAUCAGCAUUAGAGGUGCUGUGAGAAGGACAUUGUUACCUUUUAGACAGUGUCAGGCUAAGCUAGCCGAUGUGUGAGCGCUAUCAAUCUUAAUGCUAAACUCUGCACGAGAAACGGGAAUAGAAAUAUUUCCAAAAAUGUUGAACUUAGUCCGAAUGCAGACUCUUUAACUUCCACAUAACACCAUUCUUGUACGUUUUUGGACCAGCUUCUCAACAAGGGGGUCGGACAAAUAUUGUCUUGUGUUGUUGUAUUUGCCAUUUGCUUUCUGCUUUCCAUUGUCCUCCAGUGUCUGCCUUCAGCUCUCCACAGAGCUCCAUGUUGAUGGAGAGAGGAGCGGUUUGCUUCAGCUGUCAAACCUCGGUCCGCCUGGCAGAGGUUUACGUUCUAAUGGGAUUAACUAAUGUAGGGGCAUUCCUUUUUAUUUGUUUUAUUAUGUUUCUAGAAUGGUUAUACAGAGAAGCAGCUCCCAGCAGAAUAUAUGUGAUUGCCAAAACCUCAAUUUGCAACAAACUUCCCCGACGUGGAAGGGAAGAGAUCAUAUCCCUGUUUUGGUUUGUGUUGUGUUUGUGCUUAAAGCAGGGUUCUUCUGUGGCUUUAUAAAAAGCCUGGGUUACUGACAGAAGUGAUCAAUUCCAGGUCUUCAAAAAAUGUUGGUAUUGUACAGACGAUCUGGAAAAGUACAGAAUAAAAUGUUGUUCA